UUGCAGAAUUGUGGGUUGCAGUUGACUAUACUGCCUGAUAGCUAUAUACUGGUAAGGGUAGUUACUGGUAUAUGUUUAAUUUGUAUUGGAUCAGCUUUUAAGUGUCUUCUUACCUCCUCAGCACUCAAGAACAAUGGAACUUUUUUGCUAGAUUCAAUAAGAAGCAAUUUUGGAUCAGCUGCAGUAUAUUCUGAUAUAUCGAAUAUAGCUACAUAUUGAAGCUUAAUUUUCAAUAAAAAGAUAAUAUGGAUGCCAAUAUUAGACAGCUUUUGGCAGCUUCAAAUGCUGUUGGAAAUGAAGCAGACUCUCGCACACAUCUUUUGCAGGCGUAUAAAUUAUUGGAUGCUGCAAAUAAAGAAAGUGGUCAGACUGCAGAUUCAAGUCCUUGUGGAGCUGACUUGUAUGUUAUUGCAGCAGAAAUUGCGAUCAGAUUGCAUGAAAGUAAAGUGGCGGAAGGUGCUCUCCAAAUGUAUUUCCAAGGUACACAACUCACUGAUCAAUUUUUAUGUAGAGCAUAUCUUUGCAAAGCUCAAUUACUUUCAAGCAAAUCACCCAACUCAUCUUCUGACCUGGAUUCAGCUGUUGUUUUUCUGCUAAAGGCAAUCAGUUUUGCCAAAGACAAACCCAGAUAUCACUUCAUCGUUUAUAAUGCCUCUGUUUUAUUUUGGCAAAUGGCAAGACCAUUUUUAAGACCAGGGUAUCGAGGCCUACUGCAUCUAAGUCUUCAACAAAUUGUUAAAGCGUUGAAUGAAAUUGAUGACCCUGAUUAUGACUGGAGAGCAACACUCAUGAUUUCUCUUGUUGAGAGCUUAGUGGAUGCAGGAAAAACAAAAGAAGCUGUUGCCGCGAGUGAAACUGCUGCUGAAUUUACAUUGAAGUAUGCCAAACUUCGAUUUAAAGAUGUUUUCAAAUUACAAAUUCAGCAUAAAUUGGUAGAGCAAAAUAAACUCACUAAAAGCGUUAACAAUAUACCAGAGUUUUUAGCAUUUUUGAAAUUGCAAAAACUGAAACGAAAUCUUAGUAAAGCAAAUGAAAGUGAUAAAAAAAUAGACUUGAAUAAAGAGCUGUCUUCACUUGUUAAUCUGGUGAACCAAACAGGAUCAAGGUCACUCGGAUCACCCACUUUGGCGGGAAGUCGAAAGAAAAGUGGGCAGGCCACUGAAAGCAGUGUGGAUAGCCUUUCUCGUGUUUCAAGUGUAAGUCCUCAAAGACGGCGUUCUCGGACAAUGUCAAAAGCAAGUUUAGAUAUUCCAAUUGACCUAAUGAGUGAAAUGGGAAGAGACCUACUACCAAAUCUUCUACUGGAAUUAGCAAGAUAUUGUGCAGAUUGUGGAGAGGUGAAACUUGCAAGAAAAUGCAUUGAAUCUCUUGACGUUAUAGAAACAGAUCCUGGAAUUGAUCUGGAAAUUGAAUGUUUAAAGUGCUAUUUGAUCGUCAAAGAUUUAGGUGAUAUGGAAGAAGUCUACACCCAAUCAUCAGUUGAUGUUCGACUCUUUGCUGUGAAGCGCAUGGAUCAAAACAUUCAAAAUGCAACUCGAUCAGGUAAGGCCCAUGUUGUUCAAGCAGCUUGUGCCACUCAAUGGAACCUUUGCUUACCACUUUUGCAAACUAACUUACGUAAGCAUGUAAGAAGACCUCUCACACUAGUCGCUCAAUCGUUAGAAGAUAUUGCUUCAUUAGAAAUUCAGCUGAGAUGUCAAGUUCAUACAGAACUGGCAAAAUGUGAAGAAGAUGUAGAACAAGUUGAAGCAGCUUUACGUCAUAUUCGAAAAGCUUUACAAUUAGACCAAUCCGGGUUAUAUCACCAACGUCUGCACACUAUGCUCAGAAGACUUGAAUUGAGCACUCAAUUAUAUCAAAGCCCUGAAACACCAGAAGAUUCUGCUGCUGUCAUUAUUGAACAAGCUCGAAAAAGUGCUGAUUCUGGUAGUGUUAGGAUGAAGCGAUCAUUACUUGUUAAAGCUGGUCUUGCAUUGGCACCGGACGCAUUUCAAUAUGUUUUAGACAGUGAAGGUGAAGUUAAAGUCGCUGGUCAAAAAACUUUAUCAAUUGUCCAACUCUUGGGUUCUACAGCAUUUCAGUGGCAAAAGUGUGUAAAAAAGGCAGCAGGGCAUCUGAAACGAUUAGGAGAUGAAAAUGAUAGAGAGCGUGCCAGGUUAUGGGGUGAUCUUGCUAAAGUAGCAAGAGGACAAGAAGUCUGGGACGUUUGUCGUGUUGCAGCAAGGUUUUGCUUACUUUACGAUGAUGGUCGUUGGGAAAACUCGAGAUCAUCACCAGAACAAAUUCACACAUCGAGUGUUCCAACUAGUGCUGAAGCUCCAAAAUCCCAAGAAGCAACCUCGGAUGCUGCUCCUGUAACACAAAAUCAAGUAGCUGUUACUAGUUCCACUGAUCCAGCAGAUAGAACGCAUUUACAUGACACUGAUCUGUUGAGAAUGCUUGCCGAAGUACAUUUUAUUAACGGUGAAGCUCUGGUUCAUCUACUUCAAUGCCAGGGUCUUAAGCUGAAUCAGGCACCUAGAUUUCCUACCGAUGCUCAUCAAAGACCAAAAAGUAGUGCUGGUUUCAAGAUGGCAGAGAUUGACCCUGAUUGGAUGACUUAUACUGAAUGGAUUAAGCUCUUAAGUAAUUCAUCAACAAGAUCCUUUUUGCGAGCAAUUGAACUCGGUGUGAGGUUGCGUGAAUCGUGGAUUGUAUGCAGUGGCACAGCUUACUUGUGGAAUUAUAAUAAGCAUUUGAUUUCUGAUGGUCAACUCUCACAUCUGAUUGAAGUAUUCGAAGCAGCUCUAACAGGUCUUAGGGCGAUUGGACAUUCAAGUGAGAUCGUAUUGCUGGUGAGAGUCUGUAACUUGAUUUCACAAGGUUUAUUACGACCAUGGCUUGUUUCAAAACCUCCAACGGAUCCAAGUGCUGACCCUUCUCCAGAUGCUGGUUCUUCAAAACCUCCAAGUAGAAAAAAAACUCCUGGCAAAGAUAAACCUUCAACAGGUGCAAGUGGAGCUGCAUCCAUUGUAGUAGAACCAGAGUCACAGGAUGAUUUGAAAAAAGCUUUGGAAAUAACUGAAUAUGCACUAGAUGUUACUCGAGGAGGCGCCAAAAAAGAUAUUGUUCCAACAGCUGUGAGGCAAGAAAUUCUAUCUACCUGGGUUCUUCUUAAGCAAAUGCUGCAACAACAAAUUGGAGCAGGUCUGGGAGUUGAAAAUGAGCUUAUCCCAUCUCAGAGAGAUAUGACAAAGGCAUUAAUUAUGCUUGAGAUGCAUACUCUCAAUAGAAAUGGUAUGAUGGAAUUAACAGUACCUGCUUUGAAUGAAGCAGCAGAAGCAACUGAGAAUUGUGAAUGGGAUGAUCUGAGUAUAGAAUUAGAAGUUUGGUCCCGGCUUGCAUUUCUAUCGCAUUGCAAUAAAGAACAUGAUCUGGUUGUUAAAUGUGCGAAAAAGGGAAUUGCUUUUGAAACCAGCAUUUUGAAAAAUAGUAGAAGGGGGAAAAUGGAUAAAACUGGUUCAAAAAGUGAUUUUGAGAUGCUAAGUUCUGUGUCAUGCAUUCUAGGAGAAAGUAUAAUGACUACUGUCCUUAAUAAUCCUUACGCUAGAAGGCAAGCAAUGGAUGCAUUUGAAGCGAGUGCUCGAUUUGCGGAUUUGGCAGGCAAUUAUAAGCUUGUCAUGUCUGCUUGUUCAUGGUGGUGGAAUGCUUGUUUACCACUAAUGUCGUCUUCUAUUGAACGUGAGCUACUGCGUCAACCAUUGAAUAAUCUUCUUCACUAUGUUACUUCUACUGCAACCAAAAUGAAGGCUUUCAUUGAAAUGCAAGAAAAAGAAGAGGCAGCUAGCAAGGCUGUGCAGACUACACAGAUAGAAAAAUUACCGGCAGAGCAAGAUAGUCAUAACUCAUUGCGUGCUGCAAUGUAUGGAGUUCUUUUUCAAACCUAUACAGACAAAAACCAAUGGGAGGAAGCUCUCAGUUGUAUGGAUCAAGCCAUUCAACAUAUGCCACGUACAAAACAUAGAUUACCAAUUUUCAAAAACAGGAUAAUGGUCAAAGCAAAACUUGGCCGAAGUGUUCAUGCGGAUAUAGCGAAGUUCCGUGAAGAAUCGGAAGAGUAUGUUGCUCACAUGUGGCAUCGUGUUGCAAUCUCUUCACACGAGCAGCUUCAACAAUUAGGAUCUUAUCAAAAAGCGAUUGAGUCUCUUCAUACUGAUGUCAACUUGUGGAAAAAAGUAGACUAUCUCUCUGAACUAUCUACGUGGCUUUACUGCAGUGAAUACCCACUUGAUGAUUCAGUAAAUAUACUGGAAUGGGCAGUAGAUAUUUUGUUUAGUAUGAAGUUCGAAGAAUUGCCAAAAGAAGAAAAAGUUUCACCUGCAAAGGGGAAGAGAAAAACACCAGGAAAGACACCUGCUAAAACUCCUGCAUCAAGAGGUUCUCCCAAGACAAGAGACACUAAAAGAAGUGUGAAAAUAGAUGAAAAAUCACGACCAGAGACAAAAGAUACCGCCAAGAGCGUAGAAAACAAAUCAGCUAAAAAUGAAGAAAAUCUGGAUGAAAUUGUUCCUAUAGAAAAAGAAGUCAUUAUUGGACUAGAAAAUGCAAAUCUUGAAUUGAAAUUCAAUGAACUCAACAGUGUACGUCAGCUAGAAGUAUUGAUCAGAACCCAUGUGAUGUUAGCAACGAUUAGUGGUCGAGGAUCAUCAAAACAUAAGUCAUACAUCCUACUGGCUGCUGGUUAUAUCAUAAGACUGUGGGAAAUUGCAUUAGCAGCUGCUGGUCCACUUGUAAGUCAGCUUCCAAAGAUUGAAGACAAACCUGGUAACCCUCCACCUGCAAAAGAGAAACAAAAAGGCCCGCUUGAUGCUUUACCAAAUAGCACAAUUGAGUGGGCAAAUUAUAUUGUCCAAGAGGACAUUAUUAGAGCGUUUUCAUUCAAUCAAGGUGACACAGCGAUAAGUACAAAAACCAUCACGAAGCCUGCUUUGACAAUUCAUUAUCUUGAAGAAUUAAUGAAUGAAUUGUGCUUUUUAGGAUACAAUCACCUAUCAAUACCAGUGCUUUGCCUCGCUGAUACUAUAAUUCUUGGGAUAUUCGAAAGUGAAAGUUGGAGCAAUUUAAUGUGCUUGCAUAAAAUCCAAAUCUGUUAUGAUCUUGGCCUUGUAGAAAUUGCUAAGAAAUGGGAAGUCAAAUUGAGUGAUGUAUUCUUGCCAUUGGAAGAACAAUCAACAUUUAUUCAAGAGUGUGAACUCAUGGAUCAGCAUGCAAAACAAGUUCAAUAUGAAGAAGCAAGAUUAAAAGGUAAAGCAUUGGUUGCAAAAGAAGCUGGAGACAAUACUUCGCAAUUGUCUCAUGCUGGAUUGGAGCCUAUCACACUUCAGGGUAGAAAAAUUAAAGGGAUUUGCAUGAGGCUGUUAUGGAUGGAAAAAGGAAUGGUGCUUUUAGGUUUAGGAUAUCAUCAGAGAGCGAGAGAACUUUUUAAUCAAGCAAUGAGAGCUGCAAUUGCUGUAAAUGACCAAACGCUUAUCGGUGAUAUAUAUCUAGGAAUGGCACAACUAUCAAUUCAAGAAUCCAACCUUGGACAAAGUAUGAGAUUCCUCAAGAAAGCACAAGAUGUGGGAGGAGAUGAAAAAUACUGGUAUAAAGUGGUUUUGAUGUUGGCAGACUCCAUUGUACUCGAUCCUGAUGUAACACCAGCUAAGAGAAAAGAAGCCAGCAAAUUGCUAAGAAUAGCAGUGGAAACUAUGGAAAUACUGAAAAUGUUGAGGCCAACCAAAAAGAGCACAAUAUCAUAUAUAAUAAGUAUGAUUCGAUCAUAUUCAGCUUUUAUGAAAUUUGAUAUUUUGCUUCUGAAAGACGGGCCCAUGGAAAGACAGGUACACACUAAUUUGUCAAAGUUAGAUGAGGCAGAAAAUAUUCUCUUUUCAUGUGGAUAUAUCAGAGAGGCUGUUCAACUUUAUCAAAAACAUGCAUUCAUUUGUUUGAAAUUAUGCAACAAAACAUCUGUAUUAGAAGAACAACAUUCAUUUCUUCUUAAUGGACUUGAAAAACUAGAGCAUGCAGCUCAAAUAAUGUCUGAGUUAUAUACAGAAGUAUCAUCGGGAUUUGCCGAUAUUAAUGAUAAUCCUAGUAUUAGUCUGCCGAUUGCUCGAGAAUUAUGCAACACUUUACUUAGCCUUGCAGAAUAUUUGCUGUAUUUGUAUGAUAUUAAUGCAAAGGAACAGAUACUUAAACAAAAAAUGCAAGCGAAAUCUGGUUCACUUGAACACAUUGUAAAUGAAUAUGUCUGCACUGAAAAAAAUUUAUCUCGUUUGGAACAGGAAUGGAAAGAGAUGUGUGAACUUUUGCCUCAAAAAAUGUUUUCAACGUUCAUGAGUGCUUAUUCGUUUUCCGUGAACAUACCCGAAAAUCGAGCAAAGUCUUUGUAUUUGAUCGGACGAUCUUUGCAUCUCUUGGGUUUGUACCUGAAAGAUGAUAUUGAUGGAAUAUGGAGUGUGCUUGCUUUCAAUAUUACUGCAGAAAUUAGUAGUGAAGAAAUUCAGCUUGAAGAACCUAUAGAAUCUCAUGAUUUUGAAGAAAAGUUGGAUAUUGAAAGAAUCGGUAGUACAAAAAGCAAAUCAAGUAUGGAUUCUACAUUGACUAACAAGCAAAGGAAGAAACUUGCAGAAAAUGCUGCAAGAAUUAUGAAGGGUGAACAGCACUCAAAAACAUACCUUUGCCAGGCAAUGGAAAUAUUGCUGCAAAGUAUUAAGAUGUCUUUAGAGCAUAAAUUUCUUCAUAUAGUAAGAGAUGCUUCACUUGAAAUUGUAGAAAUAUGUGGUCAAUCUGAUCCAUCAACUGCUUCAUUAUAUCUGGCACUUCAUCAAAGUGCAAAGUCUUCAUUGAAUUUUAAGGAAUUUCUUUUGAGGUCUCAGCCAGAUCCGGCAUCUUCACAUUUUGCUGCACUUCUUCAUCAAGCUACAUGGUUGGCAGAAAAACAGCCUCACAUGAAAGUCAGUUCUCUGUUUGGUUGGGUGGAAGAGUCUCUUCGACAGUUUACAUCAUGGAAAAGAUUGAAUGUAUUUCCAACUUCAUUGGACCUAAUUAAAGAUUUCCCCCCAAAUUUCAAUUUUGUAAUUCUGCAACAUUCUCCUGACAAGCGAUAUCUGUAUGCAUCAUUGCUUGAUAAACCGAAAGCUAACCCAACUGCUGGUGAUGCGAAAGGGAAAUCAAAAGAAAAGCAAUCUCAAUCAGCUUCAGAUUCAAGGUCUGUUAUCUUGAGAGCAGAUGUUAAUCCUGAUGUGCUGGAUUCAUUAAAAGAAAGGAUGGAAGAAUAUACAAUGCAUUUGAUGAGUUUAUUGCUGCAGUCAGAAUAUCAGCGAGCCCAAGCUGCAUUACGAGAGAAGAUGUUACAAGAACUAUCAGUAGGUAAUAAUGAAAAUACAGAUGCAAAUGUGCCAAACACAAUUUUAGAAGAACAAGAGGAAGAAGAAAUGCGAAUCAUGGAUGAGUUUCAAGAUAUUGUGGAUUCUCUUGAGCGUUAUUUAAUUUCAUUCACUACUAUGCUCAAAGAUAAUCUGAUUGAUCCAUUAACUAAAGAAUGUAAGGAACAAAUUGAACAGGGCCAACCUGCUGAUGUAAAUGCUAUGGAAUCAAUUGUGUUACUUAUUGAUGAAGAUUUAAUGGGGUUACCACUAGAAGCAUUAAAGUGUUUCCAAAGUCCAUUCAUUGAUUGUAUGUGUAGAGAUUUUUCACUACAAAUGUCGCACCAUCGUUGGCAUGUAGAUCCAGAAGAGGCAGCUGCGCUUGCUGAGAAAAAGAAGAAUGAACCUCCACCCAAAGGAAAUCCCAAAACACCUAAAACAGGAAAAGAUACUAGAAAAACUCCUGCUGGUGGUGGUAAAGUAGUCCCACUAAAUCGAGAAGUGUUACCUGGAUGUUCAACAAUAAACACUAAUUACGUACACUACAUGGUUGACCCACUCGAUGAAGCCGCUGAAACGGAAACUUACAAACCCAUGGAAAUAUUCAAGCAAAUGAUGCAAACUUACUCCACUUCUUGUACAUCGGCUUGGUCUGGUUGGUAUGGAUCAUCUGGUGUACCAAGUGUAGGCCAAUGGGAAAAUCUAAUCAAUGGAUGUGAAUCAUUCAUAUUUUAUGGCAUGGAGAGAUUCUUUGCACAUAUGCCUCCUUCAAAAGUAGCUGCACUUGAUUUAUCGGGAUGCCAAAUGGUUUUGCUUUUGGAUAAAGCACAAACCAGUAAAAGCUUUAGACACCAAAGCAAAGUUGAUGUUGACAAAAGUGAUUCCCUUCUUGCAUUAGAGAAACCACUUUACACUAUCAUGAUGCUUAGCCUCGUUGGCGUAAACACAGUCUGCUCGAAUUUAUGGCACUCAACUUUAGAAGAUAAUGCUAAUAAGUUACAAUGCAUCACUCGUGUCAUAUUGGAAGAUGGACAAGUUGUUGGUAAAGCAGUUAGAUCAUUGCUAAAUCCGACAUUGGUUAAACCCGUUCCACCAGAACCCCCUGCUACUGCCCCAACAGGAAAAGAAAGGAGUGAUACUAAAAAUGCCAAAUCUGUAAAAGGAAAACCUGAUUCAAAGAAAGGAAAAUCUCCAGCCCCGUCUCCUCUACCACCAACUCCAGAACCAGAGAUAUCUGAGUCACCUGUGCAAACAGAAGGAGAACCUGUGGAAGAGAUUGCUCAAGAUGAAAGUGUACAAGCUUCUUGGUGUAACAUGAUUGUCUUUGGCCUUCCAAAUGUCAUGGUUGUGUAAAUUUAUUUUCCACUAUUUAUAUUAUCUCUAUUUUUUAAUUAACAUUAUUGACUGAUAUUGCUCACAAGCGAUGGCAAACUAUUAGUUACAAAUUAUAUUGAGGCCUGAAUAUUUAAAACGUUUAAACGUUCCUCCAUCAUAAAUGGAAUUGUUAUCAUUAGCGCUAGUUAUAUUGAAGUCGACCUGCUGUUAGAAUAUCAAAAUACCAAACUUCGAAAUUUUAUCUUGAAACCCUAAUUGCUAAAUUGGCAAAUGUGUUUUAUUGAACGUUUAUGUUGUAUUACAUAAUUAAUUAAAUCAAUUUAUUUUAUUUCUGAAAUAUAUGUUCACUCACAGAGAUCAAUUUUAUAAAUUUGUCACAUAAAUUGAAAGUUUGUCUUUUUUAUAUUCAAAGUUGACAUAAAAAAGUCGUACGAUUAAAGUUUUCUAUUGAUGUUAUUGCCAUACUAUUUUCUGAAACAAAUUGUAUAUACACUGCUUGAAGUAUUUUAUCACAAUGUUAAGCAUUAUCGUUUCACUUCGAAUUUUCAGCGACAGACAUAUUAUUUUGAUGUUUAAAAAUUGUGAUAUGUUUUUGGUUGUUUGACACAUUCUGUAAGUUUUUUGUGUAUAUUUAGAAUUUUGUUUUGCUUUUUUAUAAUAUAUAUUAUAUUUUUCAUUAGUUAUAUUUUCAUAAUAUAUGGUACAUGUUGUUAAGAUACUUAGGAAUUUUUUUAUCAGAUUAAGUGCUAGUUUUCCCGUAUGAUUAGGCCAUUACAUCAACUUCCCUCUCACCAGUGUUAAAUAUGAAUAUCCUAACAUAUGUAUUAUAAUAAUCCUUAUUGCUGAUUCAAGGGGUAAAUAUAUGAUUGGUAGUUGUAUGUAGUAUAAAAUGAAACUAAUACCAUAUUUAUAAAAUACCAUAAAUAUAUAUAUAAUAUAUUUCAUAACUCAAAAUAAUACAAAAACUCAAACAACAUUACAGUGAUCUCGAGAAUGACGAAAUCCUCGGCCAAUUCGCCAUAUAAACCACUUUGUUAAUUAGUUGAAUAAGUGUAAUUUCUUCCGUUAUUUGGUUAUUAAUUUGGUCAGGUGCUUUGCUAGAAUUGUAGUUUUGAAGUAGUAUAUUCAGUUCACUGAUAUAUAUUGGCAAGCCAUUGAAUCGAA